ACUGUCAAGAUGGCCUUACAGGCUCCCCUCAGUCAGCUUCCUAGCCUGUCCAUACUCGGCCCCGAUCUCCGGACUGCCCUUCCUUCUCUCGUUACGUCGCCACUCAAGACACUCCGCCGCAACCGUGUUGCGCGCCUGAAGGCCGAACCAGAAGCGCAACCCACCCAGCACAAGCAGACGACUACCGAGAGAAGUAUCAACAACCCGAGUGCAUCGCCCGCUAUGAGACUACCCGACGUUCUCGCGAAUGUACCGAUCGAAAGCCUUCGUUCCGCUCCCUUGCAUGUCCGCCAACAUCAAACUCUGCCGUGGUUGUCUGGUACUCUUCGGACCACCAUGGCGACAAAUUCUUUCAUAUUGCCUACGUCACGGUCGUAUACAACCCGAGCCCCGCCACUGCCAACACUGCGGGUGGCCGCACGAACGGAUAGAGUGAAGGCGCCUCGUUUUCAAUCGCCGAUGCCUUCAAUGAGCAGCAUCCUGUUCGGACGACCCGGGACCGGACAUACAACGGGCCUCAAGAACCAUUAUCGGCAAUUCUCCAAUACCUUUCAGCCUCAGAAUCAGAACAUGCUCGCACACAUGGAACGUACCGCAAACAACAAUCCGACGAGCGCAACCGCACAGAAUGCCUUUUACUCCGCCCUUCUGCGAGCCAACAUGCCAAAGCUUGUGAUUGAGAGAUACCAGUCAGGACGAUAUGCCAGCAACGCAGCGACGGACGCGACCUACCUCAAGGCGCUUCAACUGGUCGGCUCCGUACCUGCUCCCGGCACUCCGAAUCAUGCGGCAUCCUCGCCUCAAGGCGGUGCUCUACCCCCGGAAACCUUGCAGGCUGUGGGUCAAGCGGUUGCAGGACAAAACUAUGGCGGCUCGUUGGUCAUGCCCAGUAACAAAUCCGGUACCGGCGCAAGAGAAGCACCUCUCUACGUCGUCGUGGAAGAAUCCUGGGGAAACACCAUUCUUAAGUGGGUCAAGACGUUCCUCUGGGUUGGUCUGGCCGGGUAUUUUCUCCUGGUUAUUCUCACCAUGGUUGUCGAAAUGUCGGGCAGUCUUCGCACGAGAGUGGGACAAAACAACGAAGUACAACCCCAGCACCAGACUGUUCGCUUCAGUGAUGUCCAUGGCUGCGAUGAAGCCAAGGAGGAAUUGCAGGAACUGGUCGAAUUUCUGAAGAACCCGGAGAAGUUCAACAAGCUCGGCGGCAAGUUGCCCAAGGGUGUCUUGCUCGUUGGUCCCCCUGGUACUGGCAAGACAAUGCUGGCACGAGCCGUUGCUGGUGAAGCUGGUGUUCCGGUAUUCUAUAUGUCUGGAUCGGAGUUUGAUGAGCUCUAUGUCGGAGUUGGUGCGAAGCGAGUUCGCGAUCUGUUUGCUCAAGCACGGAACAAAGCCCCCGCCAUCAUCUUCAUCGACGAACUGGAUGCUGUCGGCGGGAAGAGAAACGCUCGCGAUCCUGCAUAUGCCAAGCAGACCCUCAACCAAUUGCUGACAGAGUUGGACGGCUUCAGUCCAAGUACGGGUGUCAUCCUGAUCGCCGCAACCAACUACCCUGAAUCUCUCGACAAGGCCCUCACCAGACCUGGUCGGUUCGACCGCCACAUCAACGUCCCGUUGCCCGACGUACGAGGUCGCAUCGAGAUUUUGAAGCAUCACAUGAGAAACAUGCCUGUGGCUGCCGAUGUGGACGCAACGGUCCUCGCGAGAGCAACCAGCGGUAUGUCCGGCGCCGACUUGGAGAACCUUUGCAACCAGGCCGCAGUUCAUGCCUCUCGUCUCAAGUACAAGAAGGUCAAUGCGCAGAAUUUCGAGUGGGCCAAAGACAAGAUCAUGAUGGGAGCGGAGGUCAAGUCUCGCAUGAUCCGUGAAAAGGACAAGAUACAGACGGCCUAUCACGAGGCGGGUCAUGCCCUGGUCAACCUUUUCACCCCCGGAAGCAGCCAGUUAUACAAGAUGACAAUCAUCCCCCGGGGUCGUGCUCUCGGCGUGACGCAUUUCCUCCCUGAGAUGGAUGCGGUCAGCAUGGGAUACGACCAAUUCCUUGCUCAGAUUGAUGUCGCAAUGGGUGGCCGAGCCGCUGAAGAACUUAUCUUCGGUCCGAACAAGGUAACGAGCGGUAUUGCCCACGACGUGCAGAGCGCCACACGCACAGCCUAUCAUCUUGUUACGCAGUGCGGCUACUCGAGCAAGCUCGGAAAUGUGGACCUCGCCUCGGACUACAACAAUCUGUCCAGCGAGACCAAAAUGGAAAUUGAGCGCGAGGUUCGAGACAUUGUCGAGGCGGGCCGACAACGAGCCGAUCGGAUCGUCAAAGAGAAGCGCAAGGAACUCGAGGCGCUGAAAGACGCCCUGCUUGAAUUCGAGACUCUGGAUCGAGAAGAAAUCAACAAGAUCCUGCGCGGCGAGAAGCUCAAGCGUCUCGAAGUUCAAGUGCGCGAAAGUGACGACGAUGGCGGCAGCUCGACUCAGAAUAAAACCCCGCAGCCGAAGAAGGAUAAAGACAUUGGACCCAAAGGGGUUGUGGGAAUCAAGAUUCCUGAUGUCUUUAUUCCACCUGGGGCUGGCACCCGGGGCGAGAACGAAAAUGCUCGGGCAAGCGAACGGUAA